AUGGGCCAAUUCCCUGUGCUGGCUGCGCUGAUGUUUAGAGCAUUGGCUCUGGAAGAGCCUGACACCAAGGGGAGGCAGCAAAAGUAUAAGAAGCGUGGCUUGGCCAGAAGGAAGAAAGCCAGCGGAGCUGCAGAAGAGAUGGCCGGCUGCCUAAAAGCUUCCUUGAAACCAAGACUCAGGAAUGUGUUCCUGGGAGCAGCUCAGCUCCUCUGGUUCAGCGCAUUGAUCUCUGAGCUCGUAACCCAGAAGGAAGUGGCAGCGUGGACCUACAACUACAGCACAAAAGCAUACUCGUGGAAUGUGUCACGGGCGUUCUGCAGGAGGCACUUCACGGACUUGGUGGCUAUUCAGAAUAAGAACGAAAUCGCUCACCUCAACGACGUCAUCCCCUACUUCAGCUCUUACUACUGGAUUGGGAUCCGAAAGAUCCAUAAUAAGUGGACCUGGGUGGGAACCAACAAGACGCUCACAGAGGAGGCAGAGAACUGGGCGGACAAUGAGCCCAACAACAAGCGGAACAACCAGGACUGCGUGGAGAUGUACAUCAAGAGUAACUCGGCCCCUGGCAGGUGGAAUGACGAGCCCUGCUUUAAACGGAAGCGCGCCCUGUGCUACACAGCCUCCUGCCAGGACAUGUCCUGCAGCAAGCAAGGCGAGUGCAUCGAGACCAUCGGGAACUACACGUGUUCCUGCUACCCGGGCUUCUACGGGCCAGAAUGCGAAUACGUCAAGGAGUGUGGAAUGUUUGACGUCCCGCAACACGCGCUCAUGAACUGCAGCCACCCUCUGGGGGACUUCUCUUUCAACUCACAGUGUGCCUUCCGCUGUGCUGAGGGGUACGAACUGAGUGGACCCCGUAAGCUGGAAUGUUUGGCUUCUGGAAUCUGGACAAAUGAACCCCCACAGUGUAAAGCCGUGCAGUGCCGGAGCCUGGAAGCUCCUAUCCAUGGAACCAUGGACUGUGUGCACCCGCUUGCUGCCUUUGCCUACGGCUCCAGCUGUAAAUUUGAGUGCCAGCCUGGGUAUCAAGUGAGGGGUUCAGACACACUUCACUGCAUUGGCUCUGGCCAGUGGACUGAACCAUUACCAACCUGUGAAGCCAUUGCAUGCGCACCUCUGGAGAGCCCCGCGCACGGGAGCAUGGACUGCUCCCCGUCGGCAGGAGCCUUUGAGUACAACAGCAGCUGCACUUUCCGUUGUGCAGACGGCUUCAGGCUGGAGGGGAAGGAUGCCGUUCAGUGCGCUGACUUGGGACAGUGGACGGCGCCAGCUCCAGUCUGCGAAGCCUUGCAGUGUCAGGAGUUUGCCAUUCCGAGUAAAGCCCGGGUGAGCUGCUCGGACCCCUUUGGUGCCUUGAAGUACCAAUCAGUCUGCAGCUUUUCGUGUGAGGAAGACUCGGUCUUGGUGGGAGCAAGUGCGAUACGAUGCCUGGCCACCGGACACUGGAGCGGGGCUCCUCCAGAAUGCCGAGCUGUCACCUGCGUUCCCUUGCUGGGCCCUCACAAUGGAACCAUGACCUGUGUCCAACCUCUGGGAGGCUCCGCUUACACAUCCACAUGCCAUUUCAUCUGUGAUGAAGGGUUCUCUCUAUCUGGACCAGAAAGAUUGGAUUGUUCUCCAUCCGGACACUGGACAGGCACCCCACCCUCGUGUGAAGCCAUCAAGUGUCCGGGAAUCUCCGCCCCAGAACAAGGCAGCCUGGAUUGUUUGCACACUCACGGAGAAUUCGGUGUUGGCUCCACCUGCCACUUCUUCUGUAACAAGGACUUUGAGCUGGAGGGGUCGAAGGACGUGGAGUGCACAGUUUCCGGAAAAUGGUCAGCUCCUCCACCAACCUGCAAAGGUGCAACAUCAGUUCCUUUCCCAGAGGUGCAGUGUCCUGCUCUCACUACUCCUGCACAGGGAACAAUGUCCUGCAGACACCCGCUGGGGAGCUUCGGUCCCAACACCACUUGUUACUUUGGGUGCAAAACCGGAUUUACACUGAGAGGCGCCAACUCGCUCCAGUGCAGGACUUCAGGACAAUGGACAGCAGUGACGCCCACGUGCAGGGCCGUCAAAUGCUCAGAACUGAACAUGGACACAGCAGUAGUGAGGAACUGUUCCAAUCCCUGGGGGGACUUUAGCUACGGAUCAACCUGCACCUUCCACUGCCCAGAGGGGCAGUUACUGAAUGGCUCUGCAAGGGCGACAUGCCGAGAGAAUGGCCACUGGUCAGCUUCUGUGCCGACCUGCCAAGCGGGGCCACUGACGAUCCAGGAAGCUCUGACUUACUUGGGCGCUGGGGUGGCUUCGACGACAGGUCUGGCAGUAGGCGGGACCCUCCUGGCUCUGCUCAGAAAGCGUCUCAGAAAGAAAGAUGACGGAAAGUGCCCCUUGAACCCUCACAGCCACCUCGGAACGUACGGAGUCUUCACUAAUGCUGCAUAUGACCCAACCCCUUGAGGUGAGCUCCAUACGGGGAUAUUAUUGAAGAAAAUAGGACUGGAGGGGAAACGGCGAGAGUGUAAAGCUUGAAUCUUCUUUAUAUCAUAUGUAUUAAACUUUAAGUGUGAAUUCCGAUGUCAAGCCAUGAUGGAAACCACAUUGGCAACAAGUAUGUGUGACAGUGGGGGGACAAGAGAGUCCACCCAGGCAUUUCCAUUCCCUCCGAGAUGAAAGGCUCUGGCGGCAUAGAACUUGCUCCAGGACGUGUGAGAUCUCAGUGUUGGCAGCCAAGUGGUGCCAACAGCGUGGGCUUGCCUCAGAAUCCUGCUACCUGAACAGAAAUCGUGUGAAACCAUCUUUUCUGAUAGUGUAAUGAAAAGCUCCCCCCCCCCCCUUUCCGGCUGGUAGACAGGGUAGAGCCUAGAAAGAGGCAGCUCUCUCGAACACCAGGGGUGAAAAAUCUCUCUUUAACGAAAAGAUAGUUUAAUUAGUUUUGUUUCGUUUUCAGAGACCUGGUCUCCCAUCGCCUCAUUCAAUCUCUCAGGAUUCUGCACGCAGAUACCAAGCUUCCGGUCAGACUUGACCUUAACCCCACAGCCUUUGCUGCGGUUCUCUCUAAUUAAUCGGACAGGAACCGAGGCAGCGAAAGGACUGUGGAUAUUCCCACCUCUCCACCCACCCCUUCCUGCUCCGCCCCUCGCCUUCCUCCAGUGCAGCCACAGAAAUAGGAGCAAAUGUUUCUGCUGUGGUCUGUGGCUUUGACCUUGCUGUCACUGAAAACGGGAGUUAGUCCACGGCACUGGAGCGUCUGAAUCACCAGGCCACCCGACUCUGGGGAACCAGAGGUCUGCUCUCUCUUGGGAUUGAAGAGCGUUGCAGGGCAGGCAAACCUCUAGCUUAAGGCAACGCCGGCUGCGUGAUCUCCUGGGACUUCCGCCGAUCUGUGUGGUUGUUUAUACCCCUGCUGCUGAGACUUUCUCACAGAAACUUCCAGAUGGUACCAGAGACCACAGAAGAUCGAGACCGGAGCCAAGGGGCCACGUCUGACUGCAUAACUUCCCUCCGAAGGCCAAUGUCUGAAUGUAUAAUUCAACUCUCCCAAGAGCCAUGCUCUUCGUGUUUUGUCCAGUAAGGUCUGUGUAUCUCACUCUGUCUACCACCGAUGCAACCACAGUUACAGUUGUCCAAAUAAGAGCUGGACUUUUCAGUGUGCCAGCAAAUAUAUGUCAUGUGUCCCCUGUCCACAGGAAAAAAAAAAAAAAAAUCAGAGGAUCAGAGAAGG